AUGACAACGAUUCCAUGGUGGAAGACGACAUCUAUCCCAUGGUGGAGGACACAUCGUGUCUCUUCGACAAAAUCAAGCACUCCUAUGACAACAACAACGCAGACUACCACAGUUGAGACCACAACUCAGACAACUAGAAGGCCUCGCCCCACCACAACCGAAGCUACCACGAUAACUACUGAGGGCACAACUCGUCCCACGACGACGACAACAGAAGCUCCAAGGACGACGUUAACGACGACUACAGAAGCUACGACGAUGACAACGCGAGUAUUCAUCACAACAGCUACAGUCCCCGAUAAUUGGAGAAGUACAGAAGUUGUUUUCAAGGGAUCCAAAGAGCAGGCUAACCCGGAGUUUAGUAUGGAUCAAAGUCCAGAAACAACAGAAGCAACGACACCUUCUUGGACGGAGCCACCACUUGAUUCUGAAGAGGAGUCUAUGAUGCAUCGCGAAUCGCAAACGCCAAGACCUGAAGCACCAGCUCCACCAUUUUGGACAGGAAAAGUUGAAGCUGCAAGAAAAUCCCAAGAAGAGCAAGAGGACGAAGAACCAAAAUUCGUGACAACUCGUCCAAUUCAUAUUAUAUCUUUAGACGGUAAGACAAUCUUUCAAUUCUUCAGUAUUCACAAGAUUCUGAAUGAAAGAAAAUUAUCGCAUAUAAACGGAAGGCUAUGAAA